UUAUUCCUUCAGUUAGCUUUGGUGGAUCCAAGACAAGUAACCAUCAAUCAGUUUCUGUUAGAUGUAACUAUGAAAAAUUUGAGUGCCGGGAUGAUGAUCCCUUGGAUAAAUAUGUUGAUUUUAGUCCCAUGUGUAAUAGCAAGGAUUUUUUGAAAGAUAAAAUUAAUGAUGAAGAUCAAGCCUCUAGAAGGAGUACUAGCAGUUCUGAAGUUUUUGAAGAAGUAAAUGGGCAGCAUUCUAAAAAUACUCCAAAGAAGCCUCCACUCAAUCUUUUUGAUGACUCUACUUUUAUUUCUCCUGAGUUGAAUGAAUUUUUUGAAUCAUGCCUCCCUAAUAUAGUAAAAGGGUGUAAGCGGGUCUUACUUUACAGUACUUUGAAACAUGGAAUAUCACUUCAUACACUUUUUCGCAAGAGUGCUGAACUUGCUGGUCCUGGUUUGCUGAUUGUUGGAGAUAUGCAAGGGGCUGUGUUCGGUGGGCUGCUAGAUUGCCCCUUGAAACCUGCAGCAAAGCGAAAAUAUCAAGGGACAAACCAAACUUUUGUCUUUACAACCAUAUAUGGGCAGCCAAGGCUGUUUCGACCUACUGGUGUCAACCGGUACUAUUACUUAUGUUUGAGUGACUUACUUGCACUUGGUGGUGGUGGUAGUUUUGCUUUAUGCGUAGAUGGAGAUAUGUUAACUGGAACUAGUGGACCUUGCGAUACAUUUGGAAGUUUAUGUCUGGCUCAUAGUCCUGAGUUUGAAUUGAAGAAUGUUGAGUUGUGGGGUUUUACGCAUGCUUCUCUUACCUGACGCAAGGCUGAGAUGCUUUUGUUGGGGUGUCCUAAACUAGCAAAUCCAUUUCUCUCUCUCUCUCUGCACCUACCUAGCAAUUUAUAUAUUGAUGUAGAUUACC